AUGGACGACCGCUUGUCCAAGCAGGAAGCACACAACCUUAUACAAAUGACUGGUGGCACCUCGUUUGUGUGUGUGCCCAGCGAGACACUCGUCGUGAGCGGCUCAGAUGAUGGUUCGCUGAUGCUCUGGGACGUAGAGAGCGGGCGGGAACUGGACACCAUCACGGAGCACACCAACUCAAUUUGCGCGCUUGCGGUAUCACCUGAUGGGCACACCCUCCUGUCUGCCGCGCGCGACGGGCUCGUGUUAGUCUGGGAUGUGCAUGCCGAGGGAGUGACGGUGCGCGGGCGGCGGGAUGGGCACGAUGGGUCCGUGAACGCACUCGCAAUCGCGCCUAAUGGGCGCACAAUUGCAAUGGGAUCGGCCGACUACACUGUAUCGCUCUGGGAUUCGGCGGCGCAGGGAACAACCCACGUGCUGCGGGGGCACACGGCGAUAAUUACGUGCGUGCAGUUCUCGGCAGGCGGGGGGCGGGUGGGAACAGCAGGCGCGGACUGCUUGGCACGUGUAUAG